UCAAUCAAUCCAAAACUAGUAUACAGCUCAAACCCAUCUGCCACAGGCUAUAUAAAUUUUAUACACCUAGGGUUUGUCUUUGGUGAGCAUCUUGGACUACUUGAUAUCCCUACCUCACACCGUCACUCCAUAUAAGGCAGCCAUACAUCCUUUUCCCUUGUACUAUCGCCUUCCUCUUGUUUUUCUUGCCUGUCUCCAUAGUCCUUACUCAUCAGUUGCUUUUGAGGAGCUGAGCUACAAUCAGGCAAAGGAUAUUUCCGAGAUCUUAGCUAGGUUUUGCAAGGAAGAAUAUGCAUCCAGGAGGUGGACCACUGUCGGUGCCACCAGGCUUCCGCUUCCAUCCGACCGACGAGGAGCUCCUCUACUACUACCUGAGGAAGAAGGUUGCUUAUGAGCCCAUAGAUCUUGAUGUCAUAAGGGAGAUUGAUCUCAAUAAGCUUGAGCCCUGGGAUCUCAAAGAAAGGUGCAGAAUAGGCACCGGGCCUCAGAACGAGUGGUACUUCUUCAGCCAUAAGGACAAGAAGUACCCAACGGGGACGAGGACGAACCGCGCCACGACGGCGGGGUUCUGGAAGGCGACUGGGCGAGACAAGGCCAUCUUCCUUGGCAACGCCAGGAGGAUCGGCUUGAGGAAGACCCUGGUGUUCUACAUCGGCAGGGCGCCACACGGCAAGAAGACAGACUGGAUCAUGCACGAGUACCGCCUUGACGAAGAAAACGUUGAGAUUCAGGAAGAGGGAUGGGUGGUGUGUAGGGUUUUCAAGAAGAAGAGCUAUCACCAGAGAGGCCUCAAUCCGGCUGAAAUGGCCUUACUGGAGGACGAUGAGCUCCAGCCUUUCCCUGUUCCUAUCCCCGGCAGCUCCCUGCCAACAGAGCACAAGAACAACCCUCACCUCAUGCAAUAUGACUUCCCUUCCUUCGACCCUUCCAUGCAGCUCCCACAGCUAAUGAGCGCCGACCAGCCCGUGCCAACCCUCCUCCCCAGCCAUCCCGGUCCCGGCGUCGCCAUGGCCAUGAGCUCACUCGACGUUGAGUGCUCGCAGAAUAAUCUGACCAAGCUCACAGCCAACGGCAGCGACGGGAUGCUCCACGUCCACGGUGGUGGUGCUGGAGGUGGUGUGGACCGCUUCGCUGGCACGACAGAUUGGUCGAUCCUAGACAAGCUCCUCGCCUCGCACCAGAACCUCGACCAGCUCUUCCAUGGCAAGGUCACCGCGGCAUCUGCCUCCCCGCCAAUGGCGGCAUACCAUCAGCAGCUCAUGGAACUCGGUGGGUCGUCGUCGUCGUCGUCCUUGCAGAGGCUUCCACUGCAGUACCUCGGCGGCGAGACGGCCGAUCUCCUCAGGUUCCCCAAGUAGUUGGAUCGACCUCAAGUUUAGCUAUCUUGUUGGGCAGUGACCAGAUCAGGUUUUUGGUUGACUACUAGAUCUGCUUAAUUCGAUCUACUUCGUAUGGAGUUUAGUGCUUCUAAAUGUAUAUAUAUGGUGCAACUGUUUGGGGGCAUGGAGGCAUGAAUUGCCAUCUACUUUGGUUGAUCAAGAGGAUCUUUUUGAUGUUUCCAUUUUGGCUUAGGGUUGCUCGUUAUUAAUUAGGUGCUUUUGGAGAAAAAUAGUGAAGAGAGAUGGCCCCGGUCAAUCAAGAACUUCUAUUUGUUUUCUCGAACAUACUAUUGCUUAUGUUUCAAACCUAGUUCCCACUGUUUGGUCAUACUCAAAAC